CAGUUGUCCGGGAGCACCGAGCGCACACGUCGCUCUCUCCAGUACAUCGCACCACUGCGGUAGGAAGGAGAAGACAGCAGCAGCAGCAGACAGAGGAGUACCCGGCAGGCGCAGCUCACUUGUUCCUGCACCACAUACAGAAAAUCCCAGGUGGCGAGAGUUUAUCGCACAGGAGGACUUUACCUGAGAGGACAUAAAGCAACAGCUCCCAGGGUAGUCCUGCAGCCCAGCGCGAGCCAAGGAAGGAGAACUUUUGGCUAUUAUUUACCACAUCCCCGUAACCUUGGAAGUCAGACCUGCUUGUUGUGAGAGGAUGGGGCUGCUACUCCUUUCCAUCGCCCUGUGCCUGCGCGCCGCUGUCCCACAGCAUGUGAAAGCAGCAGAUGGUGAGGAACCAACUUCAGCAGGGCCCUGUCACCCGAACCCUUGCCACAACAGAGGAACGUGUGAGAUCAGCGAGACCUACAGGGGCGACACCUUCAUUGGUUACGUGUGCAAGUGUCCACCAGGCUUCAGUGGCGUUCACUGCCAACACAAUAUUAACGAAUGCGAGAGGGACCCGUGUAAAAAUGGGGGCAUUUGCACAGAUCUGGUUGCCAACUAUUCCUGCGAUUGCCCAGGGGAGUACAUGGGGAGAAACUGUCAGUACAAAUGCUCCGGACCGCUGGGCAUGGAGGGCGGUAUAAUCUCCAACCAACAGAUAACAGCCUCCUCCACCCACCGCGCUCUCUUCGGCCUGCAGAAGUGGUACCCGUACUUCGCACGCCUCAACAAGAAGGGCCUGGUCAACGCCUGGACGGCUGCCGAGAACGACAGAUGGCCGUGGAUCCAGAUAAACCUGCAGAGGAGAAUGAGGGUCACGGGCCUAAUUACCCAGGGUGCAAAGCGAAUCGGCAGCCCGGAGUACGUCAAGUCCUACAAAGUAGCCUACAGUGACGACGGGAAGAGCUGGAGAACGUACAAAGUCAAGGGCAAAGAUGAGGAUAUGAUUUUCAGAGGAAAUGUCGAUAACAACGCUCCGUCGGCCAACUCCUUCACCCCACCCAUUGAGGCCCAGUUUGUGCGCAUUUACCCCCAGGUCUGCAGGAGGCACUGUACCUUGCGCAUGGAGCUGCUCGGCUGUGAGCUAACAGGCUGUUCUGAACCACUGGGGAUGAAGUCAGGCCACAUCCAGGACUAUCAGAUCACGGCCUCCAGCAUCUUCAGGACGCUCAACAUGGACAUGUUCACUUGGGAGCCAGGGAAGGCUCGUUUGGACAAACAAGGCAAGGUCAACGCCUGGACAGCUGGACACAGCGACCAGUCACAGUGGCUACAGGUGGACCUGCUUGUGCCGACCAAGGUCACGGGUAUCAUCACCCAAGGAGCUAAAGACUUUGGCCAUGUGCAGUUUGUCGGCUCAUACAAAGUUGCCUACAGUAUCGAUGGAGAGCGGUGGAAAGUUUACCAAGAUGAGAAACAGGGGAAGGACAAGGUAUUCCAGGGGAACUUCGACAAUGACACGCACAGAAAGAACGUGAUAGAUCCACCCAUCUACGCUCGACUCGUUCGGAUCCUUCCCUGGUCAUGGUACGGCCGGAUCACCCUGCGCGCGGAAGUACUCGGAUGCACAGAGGAAGAGUGAAGUCCUCUUUCUCUCGCCAUAACCCACGUCCCUCGGCAUACUGGAGCACGUCACGCAGUGCAACAGAAAUAAACUGUGCAACCUGUAAAAAGAAAUCAAUUUCCAAUGGAUUUUUGAAGAAUAAGUGUUUGGCUGUGGUGGGUUUCUGUUCGUUCUUUUGUACAAUGAUUUCAAACCUGCCCCUUGUCCCCCUUUUGUCUUUUUCUUUCCUAUUUAAAAACGUGAUCUCUGUCUUUUUAUUCUUCCCAAGAUUUGCCAUCCUGUUUGGAAUGAACUUCUAAAACACAUAUAUAUAUAUAUAUAUAUAUACACGUAUAUAUAUAUAUAUGUGUGUACACACAUAUAUGGGAGGGGAGGGGUUGAGGGUGGAAGGAAAGGGUUUUCUCACUGUGGUUUUAACUUGUUGCCAUGGAAUCUAUUGUACAGUGUCACUUUUUAACAAAGAUGUGGAAUCUGUCCGUCGUGCUCCAUUGGACAUAAUUAACCAACUUCAUACCAUAACUAAGUACCAAGUAGAGAUGACAUGUUAUCACAUUAUCAGAUAUAUUUUUACUUUGAUUACUACACCUCCUCAAAGCCAUGCUUCUACCCUAAUGGACACUGGCAUUGCUACAUCAAUCAAAAACACUAUUAGUGCUCUUGUAUUAUAUGUAAAAGACUAAGAAAUUGCAUGGUGCGUGAAUUAUACAUGUAUAUUAUGACAAAUCAUUUAAAACCUCCUCCAGCCCUGAGAGCAAAUGGCUUUAAUUUAGGGACCUAUUUUUAUGUGCAUUUUCAAAUAGUUCUGAAACAUUACAGCACACUGCAGAAAGCUUACUAAAGAUGGCCGACGACAUGCGAGACGAUGAACGAGCGCUGGCACUGCUUCACUGACACUGAGGCUCACGGGAUGUUGAAAUGUCUUAACGCCGCUCUCAUAAGGAGAUUCCUUUUUUUAUGAUUUUUUUUUUUAUUUGUAACUAUUUGAUUAUCGACGCAUUUUCUAAGAUAUUUAAAAUUCUUUUUUUAAUAUAUUUAUAGAUUUUUUUAAUUUUAUUUUAUUCAUAAAAUCUACGUUGAAUGUCCUCGUGCCGUCUUCUAAGAGAUCUAAGUUGAAUCAAUUAAUAAAGCUCAGGAUAGAUGUCAUUCAUAAUAGCAAUUUUUUGGCCACCUAUUUAAAGAAAUUCUGUGUCUCAUUAUUUAAAGAAAAGCUCAGAUGAGUGAAGUCGGUUAUUGAUAUCACCCGUAUAUGCAUAAUUUGAAUAUAUCGAAUAUCCCGCUUUCUUUUAAUCCUUUUGAUAUGAUAAAUGAUAGCUUUUAAUUAAUUUCCUUACUUUCAAAAGAGAGCAAAUUAAGAUUACUAAUAUACUAGUAUAUGUUGUUAUCUCAAACCUGCGAUGAUGAUUAACCACGAUAACAGUACGGAACUCUAAGUGAAUAUCUCUAUUUCAAAGGAUUCAGUUUUUCUUAUCAUGUAGUGAUGAAAUGUUAAAGAGCAGCUUUCUGGAUGUUCAAAUGGCUGUAGGGAUAUCCUGAAAAAUUAAAGUAACAGAGGAUAAAGAUGCUGUUAUUCCAGUGAUGUCAAAACAUUUUGUGUAUGCAGUUUUCACUGUAUUAUGGGUCCUGCCGCUGGCUGCAGUUAAUGGUUAAAUAAAUGGAAGUAAACGGGUCCCGAGGUGUCGUAGCAGUGUCAAACUUUACAGGCCAUUCUACGCGGCUUAAAAAUAGGGCCGGAUUACCCCAGCGGGUUCCCCUCGUGACGAGUUAUCCCAGAAGCUCUUGAGUGCUAUAGUAAGACCUAAAAGGAGCCAGGGCCACUUUUAUGCGUCACGUUUCACUUAAGACUUGUCAGCUUUUAGUCCCUUAACAAACCAAUCAUUUCACACUUUUGGAACGAAUUUCAUUUGUUCUGACAUUAAAGCGCAGCACCAGAAAAUAGAACGGGAAAGUGAGUCAUUUACAGGAAAGAACUGUUAAAUUUAUAUGCAUCAACCUUUCCCUGUAGAUUUGAUUGCAUGACAAGACUGGAAACGCAAGAGUGCCACUCUUAUUUUCAAAUUUUUUGUGUUUAACAACUACAAAAAAAAGAAAAAAAAAUAGCAAUUUUAAUACCAUCAUGCAAAAAGAUAAAAAAAGCAAGAAAAGAUCAAAGUCCGAACACUUUGUAGGUGAGUCAUGUUGUGCGCCAGGACAAUUUGACGUCAGAGCGAUUGUUGUUGUAACUGACAAGUACCCAUAUGAAGUCUGAAAACAAAAAAAAAAUGUUAUCUGAAAAACUGGAAUAGUAUUCGGAUUUGGCAAAUGUAAUGUACUACACAGUUUAUGGUGAAGUGCAAUAGCUCCAGUGUGUUACAUGAAAGGAAUAUGUUGGAAAAAGGUGACGUCGCACUGAAAGACGUUCAUGUAGAUUAUCAAUAUGUGGAAAUUGUUAUUGGUGUGAUUCAGUGACUUUCACUCUUUAAGUUCAUGUACAAAGGAUGGGCAUAAAUAGCGUGUUCUUCACUGAUUAUUUGUCUUUUUACACUUUGACUCUUUCAUUCUUUAUUGCCAAAUGGCUAUGUGUUGUCCAGCUUCUGCUCUGAUUGAUCUUUGCAGUUCGUGCGAGCGUCCAUCACAGAGCAGACCUGCUAUACACGGAGCUUUUAGGAAGUCUGCAUGAUGUACGCGUUCGAGCGGUACGGCGUAACAAAAAUGUCCACAGGCACAUCAUGUUCUUGCAUAUCGUGAAGAUCUGAUAUCGUCUUUGCUUUUUUUGCUCACCGUCGGUUGUCUUUGUGCUGUGUGAAACUUUUUUUUUUUUAUCUCACCGAUCCAGAGUGGGAGAAAAGCGGAGGCUCAUCCCGUCUUUGUAUUUCUGCAUCAACUGUUCGAAUAUUAUUUCUCCUAAACCUCCUCAGUGUGAGUGUCGACCACUAUCUAGAAAAUGUACCUGUUAUAAAUACUGGCUGGUUCAAGUCUGCAGAGGAGAGUGAUGAACUGUGUACAGUCAGAAAAGACGUUGCUUCAAGCAAAAUCUCUUUCAGUUUGACAAAUAAAAACAUAUCUGUGAAAAUUGA